AUGACUGGAACCUGCUCUAUUGACGGAGGCCCUGCUAUGACUUGCGAUAUGAGAACCGAUCUCAAGAAUCUCGUCGUACAGAAGAACACUAUGCUAAGCGCCUCAGGCCUGGGCAACAACAAGUUCGAGUGCAAAGGAUUUCAGCAAAGUACAGCACCCAGCCUAAAGACGAGCUUGGAGGUCGGGUGA